AUGGUUGAGAAUAUUAUGAUAGACCAAACAGAAAAACCAACAGAAACGCUAGAGACUAGUAAAGAGGGAACAAAACCAGAGCAAUCUGUUCUCGCUGAAAUCAAGCAGAAUGCAUCACUUAUUGAAAGGGCUGUUAUAACAACUGAGACUAGAAUUACCAGUAGAGUUUUGCGCACCUUAACGACACUCCGCAAGCGAUUGACUGAUCAGAUUCUCCAAGAAGCCAUACAAUUAUUAGCUUCACAAAAAAUCAGGACUCAUUUAUCCCCCUACCUUUCUAACGACAUGCAGCUCGAUUCGUCAUCAGUUGAACCAAGCGAGACCGGUGUUUUCCCUGAAGUAGAUAUUUACCUCUCAUUGCUCGUCAUUCUACGCUUAAUUGAUAACUCAAGUUUGACUAGCGCUCUCGAGUUAGCAUCUAACACUUUGAAUACGAUAAGGGCACUCAACAAGAGAUCAUUUGAUCCACUCGCUGCAAAGGUUUGGUUCUACUACUAUCGCAUCCACGAGCUCCUCGGACAAGAACAGAGCGCAUGCUCACAUCUUCUCGUCGGACAAAGAACCGCUGUCCUUAGAAAGGAUGGCGAUUGUCAGGCUGUUAUUCUUAACUGCUUGCUCCGCUGUUAUCUCUCUGCAAAAGCGUAUGAUCAAGCUGAUAAGCUAAUCGCAAAGUCAACUUUCCCAGAAGGUGCUGGAAAUCCUCAACUUGCCCGUUACCUCUAUUAUCUUGGUCGUGUGAAAGCUGUACAACUCAAUUAUAGUGAGGCACACGAUAACUUACAGCAAGCGAUUAGGAGAGCACCAAGUGGUACGAUCGCGCCUGGAUUUUUACAAAACGCUUACAAAUUCUUCGUUGUCGUUGAAUUACUAAUGGGCGAUAUCCCUGAACGCUCCAUUUUCAAGCAACAACUCCUCAAAAGCUCUUUAGAGAAGGGUGGUUACUUGGCUAUCACACAAGCAGUCAGAGUGGGCGAUUUGUCUUUAUUUGCGGACGCUUUAGAAAAGCAUAGCGAGAAUUUCAUUCGAGACAAUACCUACACACUCAUUCUCAGACUCAGACACAAUGUUAUUAGAACAGGUCUUCGUAUGAUUUCACUUGCUUAUAGCCGUAUUCCAUUACGUGACAUUUGCGCUAAACUCAGACUUGACUCUGAGGAAGACGCUGAAUACAUUGUUGCAAAGGCUGCAAGAGAGGGUGUUAUUGACGCAACGAUAAAUCACCAACAAGGUUACAUGGAAAGUAAGCAAGGUGGAAAUAUCUAUAAUAGCGAAGAACCACAAGUACUCUUCAGACAAAGAAUACAAUUCUGUAUGGGACUUCAUAACGACAGUGUAAAGGCCAUGCGUUAUCCGCUUAAAGCUAAAGAUGACGAUCUCGCGAAAGCUGAAGAAGCAAGAGAGCGUGAAUCAAGGCUGAUUAGAGAAAUUGAAGAUGGUGACAUUGGAAAAGGUGAAGAAGAAGAUUAA